GUAGGUAAAGCCUGGACACCCACAAUGCAUCACGGCGCGCGAAACUCGAGAUCUGUCAAUAAGCAUAAAUUAGUUAGCGAUAGCUUAUAGCUCACGGAAUAAAAAAAAUGAGCAAAAAAGACAACGGAGGUUUAACAGUCAUAUUUGCUUACCUAAACGAGAAGAACCGUCCUUACAGUGCCCAAGAUGUCUUUAACAAUUUACAGAAGCAGCACGGCCUGGGAAAGACGGCUGUGGUUAAAGCCAUGGAACAGUUGGCACUGGAAGGGAAGAUCAAAGAGAAAACCUAUGGGAAGCAAAAGAUCUACUUUGCUGAUCAGGCCCAGUUUGCAGAGGUGAGUGAGGCAGAUCUGAAGGCCAUCGACAGUCGCAGCCUGCACCUGUGUGCUGAGGUCAGAGAUAUCUCUCAGGGCUGCAGACAGCUGGACACAGAGCUGAAGGAGCUCAACAGCUCCCUGACCACAGAGGAAAUUAUAUCAGAGAUCCAGGAGCUGAAAGAAGUGUGUUCUGGUUACAGUGAGCAUCUGGAGAAGAUCAAGUCAGCGACCAAUCAUGUCACACCAGAGCAGAAGGAGAUGGUUUACAAGGAGAGACAUCUCUACGUGAAAGAGUGGAAGAAGAGGAAGAGACUGGCAGCUGAUAUGAUGAGUUCCAUUUUGGAGGGAUACCCAAAGACCAAGAAGCAAUUUCUGGAAGAAGUUGGUGUGGAGACUGAUGAGGACUGUAAAGUGACUAUGCCAAGUACCUGACAGAAUGUUGGAGGAUCUUUGUGUUCUGUUUAGGAAGAAGUUGGUGUGGAGACUGAUGAGGACUGUAAAGUUGCUAUGCCAAGUACCUGACAGAAUGUUGGAGGAUCUUUGUUUACUUUGACUUGAAUGUCAAUUCUGAGGGAGUAUUAUGCCAUCAAAACUCAUUCCAAGAAUAACUAGUUACUAUUUGUAAUGUUUUGUAAUAAAAUACCUUGUACAGGGGUAUACUUUAAAGUUUAUUUUGCCAUUAAAAAUCAUUCAUACGAAA